UCAAGUUGUCUUUGUGCCUUAAAUUUAAUAUAUUAACUAAACGUCACACAAAUUGUAUUGCUCUAAAUAUUGUGCACUGCCGAAAUUUACAAAAAUUAUUAAAUAUGAACCUGGUGUGGGGACACAAAGGGCCGUACUUCCAUGCGCCGUGUCAGCGCGAUCGCUUUCCCAGCGUGCUGGACGAACUGGGCGAGGACGGCGACAAGCUGGUCGCCCAUUUGGGCAUCUCCAACAUGUCGGACAUGGGCGCCCGUCUGAAAAGGGGUCGCAAGCAUACAACUGUCGCCGAGCAGCGUGCCGCUGAUAUUGUUAAAGAAUCUCGUGUGCCGCUGCAGAAAAUGUUUUGCUCCUCGGCGCAGGGAAUGCGACGUGGCGUCGACAAGUACACUCAGAUACCCAAAUACGAUCCCUAUGUGGACGAAGAAGAUCAACGUGAACUGGCGCAGCGCUAUCGCAAGCUACUCAAUCGCCCAAAUCCCACACCAGCCCAGCGCCAGGUGGGCGAGCCCCCAUACACUGGCAAUUGCCAGCACUGUCGUCGCCGGGGCAGCAAUGAUGUGGCCAACGACUUUCAGGGAAGACUGUAUCUGCAGCAGGCCUAUCUGCUCGGCCAAAUCAAUCUCAUGGUAUUGGAUGGUCAACACCAGCAGCAGCAGCAGCAGCAGCAGCAGCAGCAGAACGAUGGACCGCUCAAUAUUCAUCGCAAUCGCAAUCAUGGCUAGCAUUGGACCUACACUAAAGCGUUUUAUUUGUGCAGUCUAAGUGUCAUUAAAGUUCAACAUCUGCUUUCAA